CUUGCUGCUCUGCUCUUUCUCAGAAUAACCAUCUUCCAAAGAUAUACCAAUUUUAGUCUUCUCAUCCUCUCUAAAUACUCUCUCUACAUUAUCUGUCUUUCUGUUAUUAUCUCUUCCUUUCUCUACAUCCCUGUAGGGAGGGGAUUGGGAAGAUAUGAAGGCCUGACAUUUUCUUCAAAGGUUUCAUUCAAAUUAUUACAUAGCUCUGGAAUUCAAAUAACCAACAUAUCGAAAGCUAUUAUAAUUUGGAAGAAACCCAUGACAAUCCUUAUGGAAGAAAAAACUGUAGAAACCCAAAAAAAAACAGAAACAGAAUUGACAGACAGAGAUGUAGAGUCAUCGCCUAGAGGUGUGUUGGAGAUCCCUGUUUCGGGUUCGGAGUCUGAUCAAAGCAGCAGCGGCAAUAGUGGUGGGUCGUCGUUGACAGAGAAGGCGAGAUGGAAGAAUUUGUUUGGUAACAUAAAGAAGAAAUCUGGGAUUCCAUUGUUGUCAGGGUACGAGAGUACAAGGAAUAGUUUGAUCAGAAGGGUAAGGAGUCGAAGCGCGUCUGAGACAAUUGACUGUGGAGAGAUGGUGGUGGCCAAGCCCACUUGGAGGAACUUCAGUUACCAAGAGCUCACCGAAGCUACAGACAAUUUCAGUUCUGACAAUUUGAUAGGUAAAGGGGGGCAUGCUAUGGUAUACAAAGGAUGCUUAUAUGAUGGUCAAGUUGUUGCCGUGAAGAGGAUACUGAAGGAAGAAAAGACAGACGAGGAUAGGGUUGGUGAUUUCUUAUCCGAGCUUGGGAUCAUUGCUCACAUCAACCAUCCAAACUCUGUUAGAUUAAUUGGGUACAGCGUCGAAAGUGGUUUGCACCUCGUCCUCCAAUUUAUGCCUCACGGCAGCCUUGCUUCUGCGCUACACGGUUCAACAGAGAGUCUGGAAUGGAAGAUAAGGUAUAAGGUGGCUCUUGGAGUAGCUGACGGAUUGAAAUAUCUCCAUUGUGAAUGCCAGAGGCGCAUCAUCCAUAGAGACAUCACAGCUUCAAACAUAUUACUCACCGAAGAUUAUGAGCCUCAGAUUUCUGAUUUUGGAUUGGCAAAGUGGCUUCCAGAGAAAUGGGUUCAACACGUUGUCUCCCCCAUUGAGGGCACGUUUGGAUAUAUGGCUCCAGAGUAUUUCAUGAACGGAAUUGUUGAUGAGAAGACUGAUGUCUUUGCAUUCGGGGUUUUAUUGCUGGAGCUUAUAACAGGACGUCAUGCAGUUGAUUCAUGUCAACAAAGCCUUGUGAUAUGGGCAAAACCGCUUCUGGAGAAGAACAGCGUCCCAGACAUAGCAGAUCCUCGUCUAGGGAAUGCUUUUGACAUUUUAGAAAUGAAGCGCACCAUGCUGACAGCUUCUUCAUGCCUUCGUCACUUACCCAGCAGUCGUCCAGACAUGAAGCGAGUUGUGCAGCUAUUGAGAGGCAAGAAUGGACCGGCAGAUCAGAAACAUAAGUCGUUUAAAGGAAGAGCGAUCCUUCCCGCCUAUGCUUGUGAAAUGGAAGACUAUACUAGUUCUUGUUACAUCAAGGACCUCAAUCGCCACAUGCAACUUGUUAUGGAGUGAUGGGGUUGCAUAUGUAUGUGCCUUGUUGAUGCUGCUAUGUGUUGUACGCAAGUUCAACAAUAGUAUGUAUUGCCUGCCCUAGGGUGUCUGUCUGCUUUGAACAUUACAUUCGGCAGAUGCUGUCUUAUUUUUAAUAGUCAAGCAUCCAAAUUUGGGUUUCUA